CGUGAUUUAGAGACGCGUCUAACAGCUCUCCACUACGACAGUGCAAACGAUUUUGCAUUCAAUUCAGUCUUACCAAAGCGACCCGAUGCAGUUACAGCUCAUGUUGUUACUCACUCACGCGUUACCCACCUCUUCGCACGCGGUCCUUGCCCAGUAAGGCUGGACCUGCAGCUGCAACUGUUGCCUGUGCCUGCCGCAGCGGCUACGCCAAACUCGCCCGCGCAAACAAGCCGUUGGCCUGCCAGCUCACUCAGCCAUGAGCGCGCAGCAUCAAGAUAAUCAGCAGUCCCACGCUGCGGAUGAGCCGGCUGCUUCUACCUCACCCUCGCCGCCGCGCCGCGAUCCUGCCAAAGACGCAGACGACAAUUUUACCCGUAAACGCCAGCGACUAGAUGACGGCGGUGUUGUUCUGCGCGCAAUGUCGACCGACCCAGAUUCGCCAAGUAGAGCAAUCACGUCGCCCCACAAAGAGAUGGUAGCCAUGACCAUACAAGAGCAUUCGCCUCCAUCUCCCUCGCCCGCGGACGGCCUAGGGCACAAGCACAUUGUUAUUGAACCCUCCGCCAGCCAAGAACCAGCACCCGUGCACUCGAUCGCGAUGUUAGACGGUGCCGAAGAUGACCCUACAAGUCCACCUAUCAUCGAGAUCAUAGACGAUGAUGACGACGAUGUGUCAGCGAGCGUCACGGUGCAACUCAGUGCCGAGGAUACCUUCAAGCAGUUCCCUUAUCACGAGCGCUUCAAGACCGCUUCACACACACUGCGUGUAAUCACCGACCAUAUACAGAAGAAUCAAGAUAUUCCUCCCGACCUUCUUCCCUCGCUAGCCCACUGGCUACAAAGCCUCCCUAAUGACAGUCCGGGCCAUCUGCAAAGCUUCUACGUGAGCAAAGCAACCUUUUGGAUUGACUUUGCGGAUUUGGUUGAAAGGCUUUUGAAGCGGAGAUACCCAUUCGGUGAAAAUUUUGGCGAUGACCUCGCAGUGGACGAUGCCUUCUCCGGAUUCUUCGGCGCUUACGUGGGGUUGUGCUCUCAACUCUUUCUUGUUGAUGCAUACCUGCUGAAACGGUCGCGACCCGAGGAACACAGCCCGUCACCUCUCCUGAGCGAAAAGCAUUUGUAUCAUCUUCAUUCGAUCCUUCGCACCGAAAAGGCUCCGCUGUUCCAUCUCCUGCGCAAACAGCACGAUGUUGACAUGAGCGACAUGAGCAAUCGACUGCAUGUCGCCUUCCUCGCUGCCAACGGUGCCGAGAACCUUCUGCGUCUAGCCGACGAAGCUUUUGGUAAAAUACCCACAACACUACAAAACCAGAUGGCUCUGUACAUAUGCCAGGUUCUGGGAGCCUUGGGUUGGACCGUAGAUCGAGGCCACCGCCAAGGCCUGGGCAUUGACCCAGAAGAGUACUACCGCAGGACCCAGCUUUUCUUUCGCAAGUACACCGAAGACCUCCAAGACCCAGCAAAAAUUGUCGACGCUGGCAUGGCAAGGGAGUUGAUUUUGUGCUUCUCUGCUCUAGUCCAAGAGCUCAGCCAGUGGAGCGAGAGCAGCGCUAGGAUUCUGGCGGACGAGAUACUAGACAUGCAGGCCACAGGCUCACCCACAGUUUCCUCACCUGUGGACGCACCGAUGAUUGGGGCCACGAACGAAUAUCGCCAACAUCCCGAUUUCCUCCCCAUUCUGAUUGCGAAUGCUUGGAAGUUCAACUUGCUGCGCAGGUACAUCGUGAAAGGACGAAUGGAACUGCGGGUCAUGAGCAUUACCUUCAUGGAUGAAGCACUAGUGACUGUGUACAAAGAGUACAAUGAUCCCGAAUCGACUGUUAAACACCCUGUCCUGAGACACCUAGCAGAUGUACUCCUGCACGGGCGGGUGGUGGACUACAUCAUCAGUGCGGACUCGCAUCCACAGUUGAUCUCUCGAAGUGGGAACGUUGCCGGGUUUCUGAUUGUCACUGACCGAUGGAUGGAUAGUCAAGCCGACGCCAUCUGGAACAUUGUGUCUCACAGCCCGGAUCCACGCAUGGUCACAGCCACUAUGACGAUGCUUCACAGCUUUAUUAAUUUGAUGAAUCCUUCAGAUCAUCUUUACUUUUGCAUGAAGCUUUACAACUUGCCCGUCGAAAAGUUUACGGCGGACAUAUUACGGUUCUUGCGAGAGCUAUUCAGCAGGCUUUUGGAGCGAACGUCAUCCAUAGAUUGGACUUUGAGAGACAAAACCGCACGACCUUGGAAUGUCUGCGUCCGGCUGCUCCAAGAGACUGCUCCAAGGAACGGUGCCACUAAGCAUGACUUGGACCUUAACUCCGAGGUGGACGAACAGUUGCGCUUCAUGGCGCGCAGUAUCCCAGAGUCCGACCAGCGGUCAAUUUAUGAGUGCUGCCUAGAGCACAUCGUUGCCCGAUCUCCAAAGGCCACAGGAUCAGUGAGAGUCAUCUUCAUUUUGAGCACAAAUGUAAAUACCACGUACUUCCAACAGAACGGGACCAUGGUGCGUCAGGUCAUCGAAGAACUGUCAUCAUUCGUUGAGACCGAGGCGGCAAAUGCUCCGCAUGGUUAUCAACUACCCGCGUUGCAGCACCGGCUUGACAUCCUUGCGUUUCUGGCCUGUAGAGUUGGCCAGCUGAUUCCAGAGGACCUCUACAGGCCUCUAUGGGAUCACACUGUCGGUGAUCGGGCUUUGUCUAACCACGCUCGCGACGCAGCAUGGGCUCAACUCCUGCAGGCGACGAAGAUAGCGCCUGAGAAUGAUUUCUGUCAACAGCUGAUCUCCGCAUACGUGCCGACCAUGGACCCACAGUUCUUCACACCUGGAUUGUACGACUAUGUAGCCAGCUACAACUUCCCUCCAACACGCAAAUCUGUUCAGAUCGAUGGUGUGGAACACUCGCUCUUGCAAAUCCCUGGCAGCGACCUCCUUUGGUCUCUAGCUUUGUCCAGCCCUCCCGGAACUAUUGAAGAGCUCGCUGCCCGAGAUCUUGCUGUUCGUUACACACAGAUCUCUCAAAGUCGAGAUGUCGUUCUAUCGGAAGUUGAAAUCGCUCACGUUGAGCUGGUUGAGCGGUGUAUGAAAGAGUUGAGAUCCGCUUCCGUGGCGUUGCGUGAAGGACCUGGUGAAGGUGGACGAGACAGUCAACUUCGGUUCAGUCGCGUCCUGAUGUUUUUGAAAUUGAUGCUUGAAUUGGUACGCCAGAAGCCUGAAUUCAAUCGUGGACGCAGAGCAGAUUCGAAGGUUGAGUCAAUGGACACGGACACCGAUCUCCCGACUGCGGAUGCCAUCACCAUCCGGUAUCAAUUCACGAAUGACAGGCAAAGCAUAACGAUUGCUCCAGACCGCACAGUCGCAGAUUUGUAUCGCAUCUUGUGCCGUGCAACUGAAUGCACGAAGAUCAACCUAUUCGCUGGAGGCCGGAAGCUUGACGUGGUAGAGCGGGCCGAUGAGAAGGUUUCGGAUGUCAACAUUGACGGCCACCUUCUUGUGCAGCCUGUGCAGAGGGAUGAGACAGCACACGCAGUGAGCGCACCCGUUGCGGGCUUCUCUGAGUUCGAGACAAAGCUGGUCAAACACUUUGACGAAAUGUUUGGAUGGAUGGAUGCAGACGACGCAACAAGCCAGCUGCUUUUCGAGUUCUUGACGCUUUUCCCAUACCGCAGCACGAUUACCAACAGUGUGGCUGCUGGAGAGGCAACAUCCGAGAGCCUCUUCCCACCUGGCAGGAACUUCCAAGCAAAAUACGCUGUUCAAGCUAUUCAUAGCAAGUUGAAAGGUCAACUGCGGACAUCAGCACUAGACGAGACUUUCUUGAUUAACGCUAUCAAGCUCCUCGACCGCGCGCUACUUAGUGCAGAGCUCCUCGGCGAGGGAGAAUCUGUUGCUAGCAGACUAACACUCACCGCUGUCUUCGUCAGCGCCAUGCUGGACUUCUUAAAAGAGCGACCGUCUUCCGACCUAUCGAACGAAUAUUUCUCUGACGCGCCCGCAUUGGCUUAUCGUCUUGUCGACAUUCUCUUAGCUGCGACUCGGACCAAAGCCCCCCCGAAAUUUAUACACGAGUGCUACUCGACGAUCCUUGAAGCUUCUUUGUAUUCUCAUGUGAUUUGGGAGACUUUCUGGGGACACCCCCAGAUUCCCCAGAUCCACCGAACGCUUUUAUUGAGCGACACGCGCGCGACACUACGAGACAAGAUCAAACUGAAGAUACUGUAUAUCUGUGGCGGGCACUUGCCAUCCUCUUGUCCAUUGAGCACAGCCGACAUCGUUUCACGUUACUGGACGACCAUUGCAAGCAUUCUGCCUGAAGCUGUUCAAGAAGUGGAGCAGUCUGUUCAGCUUUUUGACCUUGCGCAGUCCGUUUUUCGAAGCUAUGAUGAGCAUCAUCGCAGCGAAGAAAAUCUACGAUCACUACUGCGGAGUUGGAGUUCCUGGUUACUGGCUUACGACCACACCGAGAUUCCUGGCCGGUAUGAGGCUGACAAUGUUGUCUUGGGUUUCACCAAGCUUCUUCUGUGUCUGGUGCAUUCACUGAAGUCUUACAAGCGCCCAUUGAACGCGGGCUCGCUUAUCUCUUCGAUUUUCCAGAAGUUCAUGUUCAACAGCGUACCGUCUGUUCACAGCGUACUGCUAGAAGAUGAUCUCGCAUCCGCCUCGCUGCCUGUCCUAGAGAGCAGCACUCGUCGCGAGCUAUACGAUCUCAUGCUAGCACUAGCGGAUGACAAGCAUUCCUAUGAGCGGCUUCUCCGUCUUAGUGACGACGUUGAAAACAGACAGGUAGCAAACGUCCUACCCACCGUCUCGGUUGAUCGCACCGCCGAGGUUCGCUCUCAGACCGGAUACGUCGGCCUGCACAACCCUCGCGCCAUAUGCUACAUGAACUCUUUAUUAGCUCAGCUGUUCAUGAACUUGGACUUCAGACAAUUCAUGCUUGGCCUGGAGGUCAAAGAUGGCAACGGCUCGCAAAGACUCCUACUGGAGACGCAGAAACUGUUUGCGACGAUGCAGAAUUCAUAUCGCAAGUCUGCUGAUCCACGACCUUUCGCGGAGUGUGUACGGACACUAGACAAGACACCUAUCGAUAUCUCGGUACAGAUGGAUGCCGAUGAGUUCUACAACCUACUUUUUGAUCAGUGGGAAGCACAGCUCGUGAACGAAGGCGAUAAGCGAAAGUUCCGCAACUUCUACGGCGGACAGAUGCUUCAGCAGGUCAAGUCAAAACAGUGCGAACAUGUGUCCGAGCGUGCGGAUUCAUUCUUUGCGUUGCAGUGCGACGUCCAAGGCAAAGCCAAUCUUCAAGAAAGCCUCCAGGCCUUCGUUCAAGGCGAUGUCAUGGAGGGAGACAACAAGUACAAAUGCGAGUCCUGCGAUGACAAAUUUGUCGAUGCAGUGAAAAGAACUUGCCUCAAAUCUGCACCAGAUAACUUGAUCUUCCACUUGAAGAGAUUCGAUUUCGACUUGACCGACUUCAGCCGCAAGAAAGUUCACGAACAUUUCGCAUUCCCGGAAUCGAUAUUGCCGCACAAGGCAGACGUCUUCGAGCUCGUUGGCGUUGUUGUACACUUCGGUAAUUGCGAAAACGGCCAUUACUAUUCAUACAUCCGGAAGCGACCCUGCCCGGCUGGCGACGUCUCGCCUACUUGGCUCAAUUUUAAUGAUGAGCUGGUCGAACCUUUCAAUCCAGCGGAGAUACCACAAAAGGCAUUUGGCGGGUUAUUUGAGGAUGGCUACACUCGCCAGUACAAGAUGUACUCCGCUUACAUGCUAUUCUACCAACGACGGACAGCUAUUGUGAGUGACGAACAGAGCUUGACCGUCUCCCUGAGACCAGAGCCGCCAAAAGUCGAAAUCCCUCAAGCCAUCCGACAGGAGAUUGACCUCCAGAAUGAGGCAUUCAUCCGGGAGUACUCUCUGUUCGACUUGCACCAUUCAGCAUUCAUCCGACAACUAUAUGGCAUGUCGCGGAAAAUCAACAACGGAUCCUGUUCAGAGGACCAUGAGAACGAGUCGCGCGCAACCGAUGUCUUCUUGGCGCACCUGGGUCGCGUGGUCUGGCGGCAACAGACAACUGAACCAUUCGAGCAGGCAUUAAGCCAACUUCGGCGAUCUGUGUUUUCGUGCGAUGCGUGCUGCGGUGCCACUCUUCUGUGGCUUGCACGGGACGAAGAGGCGCUCCACAACCUGCUUUUGCGAUGCCCACAUCUGAGCGUCAGGUCACAGACAAGAUCAUUUCUGGUCGAUAGCCUCAGAGCUAUGCGUGACAAAGAUGUUUACCUCUACAACACAUCCUUCGAAGAUGACGACUCGGAUUCGGGUGACGAUAGCAGCAUCGUUGUCUGGAUCGCAAAACGAUUGGCUGUACUGGUGGAAAGCUCCGCGAAGCAUUCAAGAGCCUGGGAUGAUCUGUAUCUCUUGCUGACGCAGUUUGCCGAGAUGAGCCACGUUGAAGUUGGCGCCUUGCUGGACGCUGAUAUCUUGAACUUCUGCCUCCGUUUGUUCUGUUUGCAAGCCCGUCCAAAGCUUGCGGAUGAGUACAUCGACUUUCACCGAGUUUUUCAGAAGAGGAUUGGCGUCUACAACCGGCUGAUAGGCUUUAUAUCCACUAUGCUUUCGCGCAUGGAUAUAAACCUUUCAACUUCUGAUUCUUGCGACCGGAUGAUGGAAAUGAAUGAAGAUCGCAUGUUAUUCCGACUCACAUUCCAGGAGAAGAGCUUGUUGCUGUGUUGGAACAGCGAAAUCAAGGCAUACGCAGUCAUCGACAAAAUGGUCGAACUGUUCGAUACAUCGAAGACGGAGUCUUACUAUCCAGGAGAGAUAGUCAAAUGGCUGGCCGGAUCGCAUGAAUCCCGCAUCCAGCGCGAUAUCAUGACCAUGAUCAUCCAGGGUAUCAGUGAGUUGAGUAACCCUUACUGUGACCCAUACAUACGAGUGGCUUCCAGCUAUUGCGAGGCUGCUCCCGGUGUGGAGGGUCUCAGCAAAGUCUGCGACAUCGUGGCGAACAGUCUUGCGGUAGUUGAACAAACCUCGGAUGAAAAGAUGGCACCUAGUGGCGGCGAUGUUUUGCGCUUCUUCCGCCAUGUGCUCAGACUGCGCAACACAAACUUUACAUCUGCGGAAACUCACUGGUGUCUUAUCGCUAGAUGCCAUAAGUAUGCCAACGUCCUGCUUCUUUACUCCGACGAAAGCGUUCGCAACAGCACCCACGAAUUCAUCUGCGAACUCUUCACCAAGUACAUGGAGGUCCGUCAGAAUCUGGACGAAGCAUACAAAUACGCCCGAGUCACUCUCGGCGAAAUCAUCAAGAGGGUUGUAUUCGAACCGGAUGCUGGCACACCACGCAGGCGUUUGAUUCCCCUGCUGGAAACCGGCAACUUCCUCGUUUCGUUACUGUCCGACUUGGACUCGAGCCAAGACCGGGACCUCGCCGAUUUGAAGGACGUUGACGACCCAACCUUGGUCUACCAGUGGCAAAUUGAAGUGGAGCCGCGAGUUCGCAUGCUUCCUGAGACUGGUCUACCGAGCCCGGGCGAGGGAGUGUUCGACGCGUCUGACUACGGCAGUGAGUCUGAUGAUGUUGAGCUGCUUGAUCCCUGAGCGUCCAUUGACCACAGUCGUCUGCAGAUACUCCAAGCUCGAUGAAGUCGGUGAGGGACUCUGGCGUAGUUCAGGCAUGUCGGACAUCGUGAGAGAUUGCUGAAGUCGGGGAGUAGUGGAGAUGAUGUGCACGAACCACAGGCGUUACGAGUUGAUGACAUUGAUUCCUGAUUUGGGAGCGAGAGAGCAUACGAUGGAGUUUGGGUGUGUCGUUCCACGACACGAAGACAACAACCUUUGUAGCAUUGGGCGUUUUCGGUAUUUAUAGCAUAGCGUUGGCGAUUGGGAUUCAGGGAUGCGUCACGAGAUCAUGAGCAUGAGCAUGAGCAUGGCGCUUUGGCGUUUCCGCGUAGAUGAGCACAGAGCUUCGAAUACCCAGAU